AGAGGGUCUCCGCCACGUUUAAAACUUCUCUCUUCCAUCACCACUACCCCUCGUCGUAUACAGAUAUAUAUAUAUACCUUCUAAACAGGGUUUUUUUCUGGUUCUUUAUUCACAGUUCACACGUUGUUUUAAGGUACACGCACUUCAAUUCUAUCAUACAACUCGAAUUCGUUUUUUUUUCUGCUCUCUUGGCGCUCUCUUCCUUUCUUGAAAUCGAGCAAGAGCAAUAAUACCGUUUUUGCUCUAUCACCGUCGUUUUCCUUUUAUUGAUCGCGUCUGGUAGCUGACAUGGUGUAUGACUUAUCUCUUUACGUAGUAUUCGUAUACUAGAUCGGGCUGUCUUUGAUUUCCAGCAUCUUUUUCCUCUUACCUGUCCCUAUAAAUAUAUAUAUAUAUAUAUAUAUACACGCCCGUAUUUUUCUUUUCCUCUUUUCGUUGCGUGUGGUGUUACUAUUAUUUGCUGCAUUCGUAUUAUUAAUUCGUCUUUCUGCUUCUUCGUGGUGUUGCAGGGAUAUUUUUGGGAAGCAAAGACCGGCGCCUUCUUUUUUUUUUCACGACGGAAAUUCGGUGUCGACGACAGAGUUGAUUGACGUCGCGUUCUUUUUAUUUUUCCUUAAAAAAAAAAAAAUACCGUUGUCACCCUUAGCGCAAACCCCUCUCUUUUGUGUCUCCCCAUCUCCCACCGCCUUCUGUGUUUCCUCCCGAAACACCUGCGCCUAUUGCCGGUCUGCCACUGUGUAUGUAUCACUCCCUUCACUUCCUGUACAGGGAUUCUGUUGCGAACAUGUCGGGGCUGAAGAAGUUCUUUCCGUACAGUACCAACCUGCUGAAGGGCACGACGGCGAACGUUACCCUUCCAACCUUGUCUGGCAAGCUUGUGUUCUUCUACUUUUCCGCGAGCUGGUGUCCGCCGUGCCGCGGGUUCACGCCGCAGCUGAUCGACUUCUACAAAGCCCACGCUGAAAAGAAGAACUUCGAGGUGAUGCUCGUCUCGUGGGAUGAGGCGGCAGAGGACUUCAAAGAGUACUACGAGAAGAUGCCGUGGCUCGCGCUACCCUUCGAGGACCGCAAAGGAAUGGAGUUCCUCACCACCGGCUUCAACGUCAAGUCGAUUCCAACGUUGGUGGGUGUGGACGCGGACAGCGGCAAGAUCAUCACCACACAGGCUCGCACUAUGGUGGUGAAGGACCCAGAGGCGAAGGAGUUCCCCUGGCCGGACGCGGAGCAGAAAUAA